CAGGAGAAGAUUUUGAAUCAAUUCAAUCAAUACAAGACACGUAUUAAUGGCAUUGAUAUUCACUUCAUUCACGUUAAGCCAUCAAAACCGGCCAAAACUGUUAUCCCACUUAUGGUGAUCCACGGAUGGCCCGGAUCUGUUUGGGAGUAUUACAAGUCUAUACCACUGCUGAUUGAACCGACCAAUGAUGUGGCCUUUGAAGUGAUCUGUCCGUCAAUUCCUGGCUAUGGUUUCUCUGAAGCCCCGCAUCAGCCCGGUUUUGAUGUAAGUCAAACGGCCCGCAUAUUUGUCAAACUGAUGGAGCGGUUAAAUCACCGGAGGUUUUUUGUUCACGGAGGCGAUUGGGGGUUUGCCAUCUCUCAAGCCAUGGCCAAAAUAUACCCGGAACAUAUUCGUGGUGUGCAUAUAUCAAUGUCUGGUGUACUCAAUAUGAGGGGAAUACAAUGGUUUAAGUUCUUGGUCGGAAUGUACGCCCCGGGGCUUGUGUUUGAAAACCCAAAAGUCGAUUACGCCAAACACUAUCCCUUUUUAGACAAGUUAUCAUGGUCCAUGAGAGAGGCGGGAUAUAUGCACAUUCAGGCUACUAAACCGGAUACAGUGGGCGCCGCACUCGUCGACAGUCCCGUCGGUUUGGCCGCAUAUAUACUGGAAAAGUUCACGACGUGGACUGACCCUGAUAAUGUGGGCAAAGUGGACGGUGGGCUCACUCAAAAGUUUACCCUGGACGAGUUGUUGACAAACAUAAUGAUCUACUGGACAUCAAAUAACGUGGCGUCGAGUAUGCGUUUCUAUAAGGAGAGUUUCGUCAAAGUUAUGCUUGAUCAGAUACCGGUGUCUAAGUCGGUGCCGGCGGCUGUGGCCGACUUUCCCAACGAGAUAAUCCGCGGGUCGCGAGCCAUUAACGCCCAUCAGUACCGCAAUCUCGUUCAGUACACAGAGAUGGCCAGAGGGGGACAUUUCGGGGCCUUUGAAGAGCCCCGACUUAUGUGCGACGAUAUCAAGUCAUUUGCCCGAAAGGUCUUGGAUUUGGAGGCCAUCGAGAAGUCUAAACAGAAGACUACGAAAUAAUUGAUUUAAUUAGCGUUUUGUGUUGUAAUUAAUUCUGAUUUCCCAAUAUUGAGA